AUGCGACUCGUCAUUAUUUGGCUAUUAUUAGCCACAGGCUCCGCCCUUUUGGGCCUUAUUGGAGCUAGUAGUAAUGGUGCCAAACAGAUAAUGAACUCCGGAACGCAAAUCAUCGGUAACAAUAACGCCGUCACUAGCCUGUUGAAUGUCAACCCUCAGGCGGACGUGGUCGUCAAUGCGUUAAACUCAGUAACUCAAACGGCGAGUGGUACAGCCGGUGCAGGCAGAAAUAACAUUGGCUCAGACCAAGUUAAGAACACUGGCGCGCUCAUUAAAGGCAGCGGUAACACCAUGAGUAGUUUGUUGAAUGUGAAUCCUCAAGUGAAUGCGGACGUCAACGCUUUAAAUACAGUUGAGCAGCAAGCUACGGCUGUGACCAGGGGAAUUAGCUCAUCAGGAAAUAAUAUUGGAGGCAGACAGAUACAAUCCACAGGAGCUCGCAUUGUCGGCGAUAGCAAUAGUGUGUCGAGUCUCGCGAAUGUUAAUCCACAAGUUAAUGUUGGCGUAAACCUGUUAAAUACAGUUACGAAAAGCAUUUGUGGAGCUACAGGUGGAGGAGGUGCCGGUAAAAGUGCUGGACUAUUAAGAGGCGUACUUAGUGGACCCGGUGAAGCAACCAACAAUAUUGGUGGCAAGCAAAUUAUGGACACCGGCACCAGUAUCAUAGGUAGUCGUAAUACGGUUUCCAGUUUACUGAACCUUAAUCCCCAAGUAAACGCUGAUGUCAAUGCCUUAAAUGUCAGACAGGAAGCGGCUGGUGUGACUAGCGUAACCACUGGAACAGUCAGUUCUGGAAAUAAUAUUGGAGGUAAUCAACAACAAUCCACAGGGGCUCGCAUUGUUGGCGAUGGCAAUACGGUUUCGAGACUGGCGAAUGUCAACCCACAAAUAAAUGCAGACGUAAAUCUACUUAAUACCGUUACCCAAACAGUGUCCGGUGCAGCAGGCAGUGGAAAUGCUGGUAACAGUGAUGAACUCUUAGAUGGCGUACUAGGUGGUGUUGGAGGUGCCACAAAUAAUAUUGGAGGAAAUCAAAUAAUGGACACGGGAAGCAGCAUAACUGGUAGUGGAAAUACCGUUAGCAGCUUAUUGAAUGUUAAUCCUCACGUGAAUGCGGAUGUAAAUGCUUUUAACGCUGUGGAUCAGAAAGCAAUUGGUAUAUCUGGAGGAGCUGUUAGUGGGCGUGCGGCCGGGCGAACCGGAAACAAUAUCGGAGUUGGGGCAAAAGCAGCAGGAUUAGAUCAAGCUGGAAACAAUAUCGGAAGCAGUCAAAGUCAAUCCACUGGAGCUCGCAUUGUGGGGGACGGCAACAUGGUUUCGAGCCUCGCGAAUGUAAAUCUACAAGUGAACGCUGGUAUAAACCUGCUAAAUACAGUUUCUAGAGCCACAGGUGGAGGAAGUGGUGGUAAAAGCGGUGUAUUAUUAGGUGGACUCGGAGGGGCAACCCACAAUAUUGGUGGCAAGCACAUUAUGGACGCCGGCACCAGUGUUGUAGGAAGAGGCAAUACGGUUUCCAGUUUACUGAACUUCAAUCCCCAAGUGAACGCUGAUGUCAAUGCGCUAAAUGCUGUUAUGGAGGAAGCGACUGCUGUGGCCGGUGGUGCAGCCAAGAGCGGUAAGCCUGCUGGUGUAAGUCGCCCUGGUAUUGUUGCUGGAGAAGCUGGAAAUAAUAUUGGUGGCAGCCAACUUCAAUCCGCAGGAGCUCGCAUUGUAGGCGAUGACAAUACGAUUUCAAGUCUCGUUAGUGUAAAUCCACAAGUGAAUGCUGGCGUAAAUAUUCUCAAUACUAUUACACAAACCGUUUCUGGGGCCACAGGAAGUGGAGGUGCGGAGAAAGGUGGAGGACUAUUGGGUGGUGUACUUGGUGGGCUCGGUGGUGGAGCUAAUAAUAUUGGCGGCAGGCAAGUCAUGGAUACUGGGAACAGCAUAAUUAGCAGUGGGAAUACCGUUAGCAGCUUACUAAAUGUUAACCCGCAAGUGAAUGCCGAUGUAAACGCCUUGAAUUUGGUGAACCAGCAAGCCCGUGGCGUACAAGGCGUUGGAAUCGGUGAUGCCAGUUCUGCUAGUGCAAUUGCAGGCAGACCCGUACGGCCGGGAGGCGCUGGAGCAUCUGGCAAUAGUAUUGGUGGAAGUCAAACACGUAACAGCGAAACUGUGAUUCAGGGCUCUGGCAACGAGGUAUUCACCUUGGCCGACGUGGCGCCACAAAUUGGUCUCAACAUAGACUUGCUUAAUGCAGUGACGCAAACCGGUGCAGGAGGUGAAAACGGCGGCGUCAAUGAUGCUACCGUUAUUCGUGGUGACAACAAUACGGUAACCACUUUGGCCAAAGUAAAACCACAAGUGGGUGUAAAUUUGCAAGUGCUCAAUCAAGUCGAGCAGCUUACCGGUCUUGUAGGCGACAUUUUGCAAGAGCCAUCUAGUGUGACGAAUAUAUUGUUGCCGGGUGCGAAUGGUGAAAUCGACUGUGUUGACAGUAAUAUCGACAAUGUGCAGGAGCGCAUAUCCGGCGCAGAUAUUGUUGGCGACAAUAAUGAAGUCUUCACUGGUGUCGACUUAAGUCCACAAAUUAAUGCCGAUCUGAAUAUCUUAAAUAGUGUAAGGCAAAGGGUACAUUGUAAGCCGAAAGUUAAAACAACAACCCCGCCUCCAACAGAAUCACCGACAGUGCCAACUUUACCUAAGAGCCUACCUCCAACUCUUCCACAAACUUUGCGGCCAACUUUUUCUCCAAUACUUCCACCAACUUUACCCCCUACACUCCCUCCAACUUUGGCACCCACUCUACCACCAACUUUCCGUCCAACUCUCCCUGCGACUUUACCUCCUACUCAACCACAGACCUUGCCACCAACAUUGCCGCCCACGCAACCACCGACAUUACUACCAUAUCCUCCAUUGCCUCCGUAUCCUAAAUAUCCACCUUAUCCCCCAUAUCCAGAGUAUCCUACAUAUCCACCUUCACAGGUGCCUUCCUAUGUGCCACAUGUACCAAAAGUACCACCACCAGCAGAAAUUACAAUUGUACAACCAAAAAUACCGUCAACUAAUUGUUAUGAAAUAACCGAACUUGAUUUUGACGGCACGAACGGAAAAUCGAGCGUAGUUUGUGUGCCAAAGCCAACAGAUUCACCCCAUAAUUCUUCCCCCCAAAUAUUAGUUUUACCUCCGGCAGUACCACAUCUAGCUCUAAGAACACGUUGCUUUCGGCGUCGUUGCAAUAAGUGGAACACAUCGAAAGAUGAGAAGGAGUGUUGUAGUGAAAACUCUCAUCAUCACGCUGCAGUAGUUGCUCCAGCACCGACUCAAAAUCAACAUUCACCACAGCAAUCACAGGCAGCGCAUUACGUGCAAUCAGAGCAAUCUAUGCAGAUAAGAUCCGAUCGCUUUAAUCCUUAAAAAAUAUUAAAAAUAAUGUAGACACUCUUUGAUA